UAAUAAUAUGUACUUGAAAUACAGCGUUAUAUAAAUUAAAUUACCAAGUCAUUCUCUUGAAAUAAUUCAGUGACAGACAAAGUUGGUAUAAAUAAAUAAUAAAAAUUAUUAAAAAUGGUAAAUGACGACGUUGAUUUAGUCAAAGUGUCUAGACCAAAUACCAAACGAUCGUUACAAGAUAAAUAUGAUAUUCCAGUCGAGAAUUUAUCUUACGAGUUUAUCAACAAUUGCAGCAACACAAAAAAAAUUGAAAAAAUUAUUCUCAUCCUCCGUUCUGGUGAAGAAGGCUCAUAUCCUGAUCUUUUAAGACAUGCUGAAAAUCGAUUAAACAAAUUAAAGCCAAACAGCAUUGUACUACGUGAAGCAUUACCAGUUAGGUUAACAAAAAUGUUGGAUAACAAUGAACGUCAAGAAGUUGAUGAUGGUAUCAAUGAUUUUAUACAUAAAAUGAAGCUAAAAGAAAAUGACAUUGAAGCUGGAAAAUUGCUAAAUAAUAAACAAGAAAUUAUACAGCCAAAUGUUAGAAAAAUAAUUAAUAAUAAUCAUUCAAAUAUUAACAACAAAACAAUGAAUAAUAAUAAAAAAAAAAUAGGUGUUUGUGAUUAUGCUGCUUGGGAUAAAUAUGAUCCUGAUACUGAAGUUGACAGGAUUGAAUUAAAACAAGAACAGCAAAUAAUUGAAGCUAAAAAAGCACAACAAAAACAGAAUUCUAAAAAAAUUACAAAACAAGCUGCAAUGGAUAAAUUGGCUGCAACUGGAACUGAAUUGACAACUUGGGCUGAACAAGAACGUGAAAAAGGAAAUGAUGCUUUUAAAGCUGGUGAUUAUGAGGAAGCUCUUCAUCUAUACACAACAAGCCUAAUGAUUGAUUCAUCAAUAAAUGCUUACAAUAAUCGUGCAAUGACAUAUAUAAAACUUAAAAGAUUUACUGAAGCACUUGAAGAUUGUAACAAGGUACUUGGUAUGGAUUACACAAACAUCAAGGCACUUCUUCGACGAGCAACAACUUUGGAAAAUUUAAACAACAAAAAACUGGCUCUUAAUGAUUAUGAACUUGUUUUAAAACUGGAGCCAACAAAUAAAGUUGCAAUAAAUGGUGUCAAUAGACUUCGAGUACCAUGUGAAUCUAAAAAAGUUAGAAUGAAAAUUGAAGAUGAUGAUGAUGAAUAUGAAUUACGUAAACGUGAAUAUGAAUUAUGGAAACGUUAUCAAGAAGAAAAAAAUCAAAUAUGUUUUUGUGAAAAGGCACCAAGUUCAUCAAAAUAUCCAAGACCACCACCACAUAGAAAAGCAAGUUACUGUUAUGACAUACAAUUUAAUAAACCAUCUAAUAUUACAAAUAAUAAGUCAACAAAAAAUAAACUCAAUGGUGAAAAAUUAAAUUCAAAUUGUUCAAAAAUAAAUGAUGCUAUUGAUGUGACUGAUGAACAAAUGAAUUUGCCAUUAAAUAAUAAUUUUAUUAGCAAUAAAUAUUUAGAAAAUAAUAAAGAGUCAUCAGUUGUUAUUGAAGAAAUAAUUGAUGAUAAACCAGUUGAUGAGAAAAUUGUUGAAUCAAGUGAUAAAUCAAAUGAGGAAAAAAGUGUUGAACCAAUUGAUGUAUCAAUUGAAUCAAGUGAUAAAAAAAUUAAUAAACUAGUUGAUAAAAUAUCUGAUGAUAGCAGUAAUAAAAUAAUUGAUAAUAAUAUUAAUGCUGGCAAAACCAUUGAUGAUGAUGAUGAUGAUGGUGAUUCAGAUGACUUGAUAAAUAUAAAUAGAGCUUUAGAAUCACCCAAUGAAUUUAAUCGUGUAUGGAAUUCAUUUGGACCUAGUUCAAAUUUAAGUAGACAUGCAGAGUUGUUGAGAAAAUUAGGAGCUCACAAUUUAGCUAAACAUGUUGGAUUUGAAAUGGGAUAUUCCAUGUUGGUUACCAUGAUACAUUGUAUGAAGAAACAUUUUUGUCAUUCAAAUGAUGCCAAGUUGUUGAUUGACUAUCUAAAUGCAAUUACCAACGUCAAAAGAUUUUCUAUUGUUUCUAUGUUUAUUAAUGAAAGUGAUAAUCAAGCUUUAACAGAUAUAUUUGAAUUUUUGAAAAAUCAUCAAAAUCAUCUCAUCAACCAAGAAGAACUGAUUAAUUUAAAAUCUAAAUAUGGACUGAGCACACAAUGAUUAAUCAGGGAUCAAAAAAAAUAAAAUUAAAUAAACAAUUAUCCAUAAUUUUAUAUUAAUACUAAGCAAUAACGAAAAAAAAAAAAAAAAAAAGCCUUAU